AUGAGCGCGUGCAGCAGGAAAGCCCUGACUCUGCUCAGCAGCGUCUUUGCAAUCAGCGGCCUGGGGCUGCUGGGAGUGGCAGUCAGCACCGACUACUGGUUGUACCUGGAGGAGGGCGUCAUCACGCCUCUGAACCAAAGCACCGUCAUCAAGACCUCGCUGCACUCCGGCCUCUGGAGAGUCUGCUUCCUCGCCGGUGAGUCAUAAAUCUGUGGAACUGCACACUGCACUGGCAGAAGCCGCGAGGAGUCCGGUCGCUGCUUCACCAUCGCCUACAUCAUGCCCAUGAACGUCCAGCUGACGUCAGAGUCCACAGUAAACAUGCUCAAGAUGAUCCGCUCAGCCACUCCGUUCCCGUUGGUCAGCCUCUUCUUCAUGUUCAUCGGCUUCGUCAUGAACAACAUCGGGCACAUUCGGCCUCACCGCACCAUCCUGGCGUUCGUCUCUGGAAUCUUCUUCAUCCUCUCGGGUCUGGCCCUGGUGGUGGGUCUGGUGCUCUACAUCUCCAGUAUUAAUGAUGAAAUGCUGAACCGGACAAGGAGCAGUGAGGCUUAUGUUAGCUACAAGUACGGUUGGUCCUUUGCCUUCGCUGCGAUCUCCUUCUUGCUCACUGAGAGUGCAGGUGUCAUGUCCGUCUACCUGUUCAUGAAGCGCUACACAUCAGAGGAAAUCUACCAGCCUCGCCACCCCAGCUUCUACCGCCCUCGCCUCAGUAACUGCUCCGACCACUCGGGUCAGUUCCUGCACCCUGAAGCCUGGUCUCGAGGGCGAAGUCCCUCCGACAUCUCCAGUGACGCCUCCCUCCAAAUGAGCAGCAGCUACCCCGCUCUCCUCAAAUGCCCCGAGUACGACCAGGUGUCCUCUUCACCCUGCUGA